AUGCUUGCCGUCUUUUUCCUGCGGCUGCUCGCGUCAACCCGGGUCGUCGCCAGGUCCAUCGCCACCGACACGACCGAGGCGGCCUGCACGGCCAGCAUCAGCAUCAGCAUAGCAUUCAUGUCCUGCCUCCAGAUGCUCUCGUUGGUGGUGAUGCCCUCAUGGGGCGGCAAGGGCUGGAGCCUCGCAGUCUACAUCCUGCGGUGGAUGAACUGCGCCCUGACGGUGCUGGCCUGCAUUGGCCUCCUAGACAUGUUUGUCAUGUCGAUUCGAAGCGAAGGCGGGCUGGCGGGAAGCCUGACCGGUGGUGCAACUCCCUCUCAUCACGGCGCUGACGUCGGCCGCCGGCGCAGGGACGCUCUGCCUGUCCGCCGUGCUGAGCGCCGCGCAGAAAGUGCCGAUGAUGUUCGUGGCACACAUCGAGAUUGGACUGGCGUUGCCAACGGCCCUGGCGUUCGAUGCGCUGUAUCUGGCCAGGUUGCUCCAGCCGUGGGAGGAACCCGCGGGCUCGCAUCACGAGUAUCCCCCGGAGCAGACGUACUCGCACAUGGUGCUGUGCGGGCCCUGGGGACAGAGUAG